GAUAAAUCAGUAAAGAUACAAAGGUCCAGUGACUCGGCAAUUCCCUUGGUCACCAUCUAUCCACAAGGCAAAUUACUUGAUGGUGGAAAAUUCAUCAUUGCUGAUGGGUUAAUUAGAGAUUUCUUUAACGCACCAACUGAGAGUUUGAAUGUAACAAAGGAGUCACCUACUAAGAAGAGGAGGCUAUCAAUUAGUGGGUUUGUCAAGAAUAAAAAAAUAUUAGAAAACAGGGUUGAAGUGGAGGUGACCGAUGGGGAGAGUGAGAAUGGAGUGAUAUCCAAAUUUUGGUCUGGUGACAUAAGAAAAACAGAGAUCCUGGAAGAAGGGAGAAAAUAUCUCUUCAAAAAUUUGGAGACAGCAAGAUAUUUGCAGGGACCAGUGACACUGGUUUGUACACCAGAAACCAAAAUUGAAAUGGAUACGCAGAUGUCCCAGAUAAAGUGUGUCAUAAGUGCAGCUGAUCUGCAGAGUUUGGAAAAUAGUGAAGAGAUGAUGACAAUUGUUCUGCAAGAUGAUGUCUACAAAAUCACAAAGGCUUUAUGGAUUGAAAGAAAUUUGAAGAUUGACAAGGAAUACACUUUCAGUCUUAAUGGAAACAUCAUUACAGAUGUUGCCAGAGGAAAUAAUGAGUAAGUUGAAGGGAACAGUAGCUCAACAUGAACCAAAGCAACAGGUGAAAGAAAAUCUAGAAACUAAGCAAAUUCCACCAAUCAAAAGCAGCAUAGAUAAUUCAAAUAUUAAGGGAAUCUUGAAACUUUCUACAAAAUCAGCAAACAACAGUGAUAAUGUACAUAGUGACACAGUAAGGAGUAUUUUGAAACUAGAAACUAAAUCCAGUCCUGAGAGACACCUAGUGAGUAGUAGUGAAGACAAUAAGUCUGCAGCAGAUGAAAUGACAUCACAAGUGACAUCACAAUUAGAGAAAGUAGAAACUGCAGAGAAUGCAUUUCCAGACCUCCUGGUUAAGAAUAAGCUGGGAGGAUCCAUUGCAGAUAGACUUUCCAACUUGCACAAGAGUGGAGAGACUGAGUGGCAAAAGAGAUUACUACGCCAGGGGAAAUCUCCAAGUCCAGAGGUUGAAAUCAAAUUCCGCAACAAGCCAUGGCUAAAAGGAGAUAGACCAACCAGUAUACAUGAUAGACUGAAUCACCUUAAGGAGUCCUCUGAGACUUGGAAACAACGAGUUGAAGAGAAAGAUAGUGAGGAGUUUACUGUAGCCGGAAAAUUAGCAAAAACAGGUAAACAGGCCGUUCCUGACACCCUAGUAACCAAGAGUGGAACUGAAUCCGGUGAUGAGAGCCUAGCAUUCAAAAAUAAACCCCUCCCCAAAAGUAUCAGUCUAGGAGACCUAAAUGCCCUAGUUAAGUCCAACAGUGACGAGGACAAGAAGAAACCAGAAGCACCAAAGACUGAAGUCACAGAAAAGAAGGAAGUCCAAGUGCCAUCAGUGAACAAUGAGGAGUUUACAGCCUUCUUUAAGAGUAACUUGGGCAAUGAUGAAAAGUUGGACGUUACUGUUCAUGACUUUGAUCAUUUAUUAAUUGAAUUCAAUAAAAUGUUAUUGUUUACAAGAAAGAUUAGGCCUCAGAAACGCAAGGCAGCUGAGUCAAGGAACCCCCUCAAGGCUCUGUCCACACAUCAGAACUUACAGCCAACUUACACAGAGGUCAAGACAGACAUUGCAGAGAAGGAAUUCAAACUAGUCAACAAGGAAAAAAUCUCAGUGAAAGCUGGUCUGGCAGAAGCUGCCUUAGCUGGACUAGCAAGAACAGAAGACUUUGCUAAAGUCAGCCUAAGACGUUCAGACUCUGGGAAUACCACUAGGAAGAUGCAGCCAUACAAAGAUCUCAUGUUAAUGCAGAUUAAAGGGGAAAGACAUGUGCAUACUCGCCUGGUGGCUCCCACAGCUAGCUUUAUCAACAGUGGGGACUGUUUCAUCCUGGUGACCUCUGACAGAAUCUUCUGCUGGCUUGGUGAAUAUGCCAAUGUCAUAGAAAAAGCUAAGGCCAAUGAGCUUGCAGAUAUGAUCCCAAAGAAGAAAGAGAUGGGUUGCAAGUGCCUGAAGGAGGCUGCAGUUAUACCUGAGAAAAGGCAACAUCUAGGCCAGGGCAAGGUGUUUUGGGAGCUCUUAGGGGGACAGAAGCCAUUUGAAGAUAUGGGCCCUGCAGAGGAAGAUGAACUGUAUGAGAUGUACAUGGUUGCGACUAAUGCUGUAUAUAAAGUGGGUGAUAAGAAAGAACUGGUGCCAUACCAAGAAUACUGGGAGAGUCUUCCAAAAUAUGAAAUGUUUGAUUCCAAAGAG